GUGGCCAAGAUGUGACUCCAUCAAGUGUAGAAUUAUUUGGAAUGUCCUUUCAACAUAAAUCGGACAAGAAGAAAGUCGUGUACGAUGCGAAGGGAAGUCCACACAUUCCGGAAGGGACGGCUUUGAAAAUAACUCUUUACGGCAAUAUUCCACCCGGAGCAUGGCUGAAGCUUACCACCCACAAAUCAUGUCACCUGCAGAAUGACACGUUCGCAGUCGUCAAAGUGCACAGCGAUACAACGGGCAAAAUGGGAGUGGUGAAGCUGACACUGCCAGCAUUGUACCGUGGGUACGAAAUGAAGGUCUAUUUUUGCAUGGGCCCCACAGCGGACCAGCUGACACUUCAAGGAGAACAUGUAACUGGAGAGGUGGUCCCUUGGCUGACGAUAAAUAUAAUCCGGUCAAAAGUGCCCGACUGGGUGUUUUGGAUUCUUAUCGCGUUCCUCUUGAUUUUAUCCGGACUUUUCUCUGGCCUAAAUCUAGGAGUUUUAAGUUUGGACCGAAUGGACCUCAAGAUUAUGAUCAAUACCGGGACGCCCAGGGAACGUGAUCAUGCCAAAAAAAUUCGCCCCGUCCGAUCUCACGGGAACUUAUUGCUGUGCAGCCUCGUUUUCAGCAAUGUCCUCGUAAAUUCGACCCUGACUCUGCUCAUGGACAACUUGACUGAUGGAUUCACAGCUGUCAUAGGAUCGACCUUUGCCAUUGUAAUCGUAGGGGAGAUCAUUCCACAAGCGGUGUGUUCUCGACAUGGACUCAUGGUGGCCGGGUACACGAUGGCCGUCACAAAGCUGUUCAUGAUCAUCACGUUUCCGCUUGCAUUUCCUCUCAGCAAAUUGCUGGAUCAAUUUCUGAGUGAGGAGAUUGGAGCUGGAUUCACCAGGGAGCGUCUCAAGGAACUCGUCAAGGCAGUCAAAGAUGAACAUCUCCUUGAGAAGGAAGAGAUGGUGUUCAUAAUUUCUGCUCUGGACCUUAAACAAAAAACAGUGAAGCAAAUCAUGCGUCGAAUACCGGAUGUGUUUACCCUGCCGAUUGAGACGAUCUUGGAUUUUAAUACCAUGCUCAAAAUUGAGAAUCAAGGAUACUCAAGAAUCCCCAUCUACGACGGAGAAUUAACCAAUGUCAUAGCUCUGCUCAACGUGAAACAGUUAAUAAUGGUGGAUUACAAGGACGAGAUGCGACUCAGAGAUUUAGUGGACGUAGAAUAUUUCAAAGACAAUUUGUUCUGCGUCUUUGAAAAUACUCGUCUGGAUUUCAUGUUUAGGAAAUUCAGAGAAGGUAAUAGAGGUCACAUGGCAUUCGUGGAUAGGGUUAACGACGAAGGUCCUGGAGACCCCUUUUACGAAAGGAUCGGCGUGGUCACCAUGGAGGACGUCCUAGAAGAGCUUCUUCAGCAGGACAUAAUGGACGAAAGCGAUGUUGGCACAUACUCAGCUAGGCCUUUUAGUAGAUUUUAAAGAGAUAUUCCUGGUUUGUCAAUAUGUUAAAAGUGUCUAAUUCAAUGCUAAUUUAAGAGCAUUAUGUAUGUUGACCGACCGUGUAUUAAUUGACGCUUUAUAAUCAAUGCGAGAAUUUAGCCCAAUUUAUUAUGCAUAAGUUUUGUCGUAUUUAUAAAUCGGCAAAUGGUGUGACUAUUUUCAUUGAAUAAAUUAUUUUAGAUUUAUGUGAA